UGACGUAAAAUUCAGGCGCAGAGAGGGCUGCGGUGGUUUUUUCGGGCUAGGUCGGAGGGUAUUUGGAGGACAGUUUAUCAUGGCCCUAAGGGUGAUCCGGCUGGUCAUCCCGUCGGGAACAACAGCUUUCAAAGCGGUGAAUGCUGUACAGAAGGCUGGUGUUCACACAAGCUCAGUGAGAAGCCUACAGUACGGCUGGUGGGCCUAUGCACUGGGCGAAAGGACAACACCACGGUUAAAGCAGCACAGCAAAAUCAUCUCUGUGGAUGGCAACUUGGCCUCAGGCAAAGGAGCACUGGCCCAGAAACUGGCUGACAGGCUGGGGAUGCUCUAUAUGCCUGAGGCUGACCCUUUCUACUUGGACAAGAUGUCAGGAGAGAAACAGCCACUCCCUGUUGACUUCAAUGGGAUGUGCAGCCUGGAGAAAUUCUACACAGACCCCAAAGCUGCAGAUGGAAACAGCUACAGGCUGCAGCUGUGGAUGUACACCAUGAGGCUGCUUCAGUACUCUGACGCCAUCGAACACCUGCUCACCACAGGCCAAGGUGUGAUCCUGGAGCGCUCCCCCUUCAGUGACGUGGUCUUCCUGGAGGCCAUGUUCAAACAGGGCUACAUCAGAAAGGAGUGUGUGGAGCACUACAAUGAGAUCAAGGGCAUUAGCCUCUGUGAGUUCCUGCCUCCGCAUCUAGUCGUCUAUGUAGACAUGCCAGCUGAGGAGGUGCAGAAGAAGCUGAAACAGAGCAGCAAGUCCUAUCUUCAGAAUGUUCCCCUGACCUAUUUGAAGAGCAUUGAGGAUGGCUACAAGAAGUCUUUUCUGCCCAAAAUCAGUGAAACAUCAGAGCUGCUGGCGUACGAUGCAACUCAAGCCCAAGAUGUCGAAAGGGUGGCAGAAGACAUUGAAUACUUGAAGUUUGAAAAAGGACCGUGGUUGGAGCAGGAUGAUGUCACCUACCACUACAUGAGGAUGCUUGUGGAAAACAAACAUCUGGUAGCAUCCCUGACCCACAUACCGAAGUUCCUGCCAGAGAUCACCAUCGGGGCCCACGACUUUGAUGAAAAAUUCUAUGCCUAUAAAUCGCUCCCUGGGAAGAAGUAUGCCCCUGGUUAUAAUGCAGAUGUUGGAGACAAAUACAUCUGGCUGAAGUGAAUGAGUUCACAGGCCCAUCGACAAUUCGCCCCAUGUCACUGGCUGAUCAGCUCCCUGGGUGAACUCUGGACCACUCGUCCAUUAUUGAUCCCAGUUGUGUUCUGUUGUACAUCCCAAAUAAUAUGUAUGUAUUGAAAGAAUAAAUUUUGAAUCUAGUAAA